AUGUCAUGUUCCUUGUCUCCAGGUUCCAGGAGUGAUGCUCUGCAGCAUGGUACGUCAGGGACCCUCCCCCACUUCCUGCAGGAGCCCGAUGAUGCCUAUAUCGUCAAGAGCAACCCCAUCAAGCUCAAGUGCCGGGCCAGGCCAGCCCUGCAGAUCUUCUUCAAGUGCAAUGGGGAGUGGGUCCACCAGAGCCAGCACCAGUCUCAGGAACACACUGACGAGGGCACAGGGUUGAAGAUCCGGGAGGUGAUGAUCAACGUGUCUCGUCAGCAGGUGGAGGAUUUCCACGGCCCCGAGGACUACUGGUGUCUGUGUGUGGCCUGGAGCCACCUGGGCACCUCCAAGAGCCGCAAGGCCACCGUACGCAUCGCCUACCUGAGGAAGAACUUUGAGCAGGACCCCCAGGGGAGGGAGGUGCCCAUUAAAGGCAUGAUUGUGCUGCACUGCCGUCCACCAGAGGGAGUGCCUGUCGCUGAGGUGGAGUGGUUGAAGAAUGAAGAGCCAGUGGGCUCGGACGGGAACAUCAACACGCGAGCGGACCACAACCUGAUCAUCCAAGAGGCGCGUCUGUCCGACUCUGGGAACUACACAUGUCUGGCUAGCAACAUUGUGGCAAAGAGACGCAGCCUCACUGCCACUGUGGUCAUCUUUGUGAAUGGAGGGUGGUCGUUGUGGACAGACUGGUCGGCUUGUAACGUGCCCUGUGGGCGGGGGGUCCAGAAACGCUCCCGCACUUGCACCAACCCUGCCCCUCUCAAUGGGGGCGCCUUCUGCGAGGGCAUGUCUGUCCAGAAGAGUACCUGUAAUGCCCUCUGCCCAGUGGAUGGUGGAUGGGCAGAGUGGACAGAGUGGACGGUGUGCAGUGGUGAGUGUGAGAGGCAGCGCAACAGAGAGUGUACGGCCCCAGAGCCCAAACGCGGAGGCAGGCUAUGUGACGGGGCCGCUCUGGGAACAUACAACUGCACCGGGGGUCUCUGCACUCACAAUCUGCUACACGACGCCAAGCCACAGGGUCUGGAGGGAAGCAGUGACGUGGCGCUGUAUUCGGGCCUGGCGGCAGGGGUGGUGACAGUGGUGGUGUUGAUUGUGGCGGUGACCCUCUACCGGAGGAACCAGAGCGAAUACGGCGUGGACGUCAUCGACUCCUCUGCCCUCACCGGGGGGUUCCAGUCCUUCAGCUUCAAGACUGCUCGCCAAGGCAACCCCCUGUUGAUAAGCUCGUCCUUGCAACCGGACCUGACAGUGUCACGGACGUACACCAGCCCCAUCUGCUUCCAGGACUCGAUGGAUAAAGAACUCAUUUCCCAGGAGCCUUCGCUCUUCGACCCCCUGCCCGACCUCAAGGUCAAAGUUCACUCCUCCUUCAUGGUGUCCCUGGGCGUGUCAGAGAGGGGGGCCGAGUACCACACCCAGAAAGCCCACCCCCAGACCUUCCCCCGGGGGCUGGCACCCGACUACAGUGGGGUACGGGUGGAGGGGACCCUGAGAGAGAGGAGGGAGAAGAGCCUCCUUGUCCCCCACGCACCGCCUAUGCCCUCCAGACCCCCUCUCAGGACGUCCGGGGUGUUGGGACACGCGGGUGGGAGGCUGGUGGUCCCCAAUACAGGUGUGAGUCUGUUGGUGCCCCAUGGGGGGAUAGCUGAGGACACUACCUGGGAGAUGUACAUGGUCAUCAACCAAGAGGACAGCAGCAGUACCCUAUCAGAGGAGAGCCAAGAGGUCCUGCUGAGCCCAGAGGUCACCUAUGGUCCACCGGGCCUCGACCUCUCCUGCCCCGUCGCCAUGACAAUAGCCCACUGCGCUGAGUUCGCCACCGACAACUGGAACAUCCGGCUCAAAAGGCAGACACAGGAUAACAAGUGGGAGGAAGUGAUGUCAGUGGAGGAGGAGAGCACUUCCUGCUACUGUUUGCUGGAGGCUCAGUGCUGCCACCUGCUCCUGGAAAGUCCAGGGCGCUAUGCCCUGGUGGGGGAGCCACUGAGCCAGGAGGCUGUGAAGAGACUGAGGUUGGCCGUGUUCGGUAGUGCAGACAACACCAACCCUCUGGGAUACAGCCUGAGGGUGUAUUGUGUCGACAACACCCCCUACGCAUUCCAGGAAGUGGCAUCAGUGGAGCGGGUGAGGGGCGGUCGUCUCCUGGAGGAGCCCAAGACGCUGCUGUUCAGGGGGAACUCCUUCAGCCUGCAGCUCUCCAUCCAGGACAUCCCCCAGUUCCUCUGGAGCAUCAAGCCUUUCACCACCUGCCAGGAGUUCUCGUUCUCUCAGGUGUGGGCUAGUAACCAGCGGCCCCUGCAGUGUGCCUUCUCAUUGGAGCGCUACAGCCCCGCCUCCUCCCAGCUGUCCUGUAAGAUCAGUGUGCGUCAGGUCAAAGGUCAGGAGCAGAUCCUCCAGGUCUACACCUCUGUGGUCGAGGGUGAAAAGGAGGUAGUCCCCUUCUUCACUCAGUCGAACUGUACCACCACGUCGCUGACGGGGUCCAGGGCCUUCAAGAUCCCCCUGUCCAUCCGCCAGAGGAUUUGUGCCACCUUCGACACAGCCAACGCCAAGGGAAAGGACUGGCAGCUGCUUGCACAGAAACUCCACAUAGACAGGAACCUGUGUUACUUUGCACGUCAGGAGAGCCCAUCAGCGGUGAUCCUCAGCCUGUGGGAGGCCCAGCACCAGGACACAGGAGACCUGGACUCUCUGGCCAGCGCCCUGGAGGAGAUCGGCAAGGUCCACUCCUCCACCCACUCCACCUCCAGUAGGGCCACCACGCUGACCACCACAGGGACCACCACAAGGACCACCACUACCCUGGGCCGCAGCACUGAGGAGCUGGACACUGAGUUCACCUAACAAGGGGAGGAACGGACGAACUGGAGCCCCAGUAGAGGACCACAAGGCUGGGGAUGAAUGGAUGGACCCUAACAAGGAGGAGUACAUACAGAGAACUCCAGUGGACUAAUGCAGCCAGUGGAGGAUUGGGCCCGAGCUCAGAGAGGACUAAGGACUGAAGGGGAAAUAACUAACUACUGUAACUAAAGUCAGGCCACCAGGCUGAAUGGAGGGGGAAUAGGGACAAGAUGACAGGGGUAAAAGGGGUGCUACAGAAGAAGGGUACAAGGGAGAGAGGAAAAGGGCUAAGGGGGCCCAGGGACAAGGGUUUGAGAGGAGAGGAACACAGGCCAAUGGCGAGGGGUGGAAAAGGAGACGGUGGUAAGGGAGAGGGGGACAAGAAAGCAGUGUUCAACAGAUAGGGGUUCUAGAGGUCCUGGUCAAGAGGGAAGCUAUUGUUGUUUAGGUAGACACAGAGGAACUAACUAACCAAGGGACUAAACCACAAACUAGUCAAAAAGUAAACCUCAACUGAACCACAAACCAACAAGAAACACUCUUCCUAACCUGGACUAUUAGGUCCUGUCCCUCUAGCCAUUCCCCUGGGAAGCCAGAAUGCUUCGUGUUACGUGAAGUUGUUGUCGUUUAUUUGAUAUUUAUAAUAUAUUUUCUUUCUUUUCUUGUGUUUUUCCCUGCACAGUGAUGGUGUGUUCAGUGCAUAGGCCUACUGUGGUACCAGAGAGAAACAAGGAACUCUUUCGAAGUAUUCAGAUGUUGACAGUAUUUAUGAAAAAGUCAGAAAUGACAUCUGUCAUAUGAUGUCACAAACAUUUGGUUUACCCACACCUAGGCUCUGUUCCAAUACCCACAUGAGCAUGCAUUCUACUAAGAAUGAAGAAUUGUAUUGGGGAAUGCAUUCAGUGUGGUAUGCUGGUGUGGAUAUUGGAACGUAGCCAAUAUGUCAUUUUACUGAAAGUCACUGUAAAACUUCUGGUGACACACUAGAGAAGUGAGAGUAAUUAAGAAAUGCAUAUCUGCAGAUGAAUGAAAGAGAAUGUGUUAGGGAUGGGCUAAACUUUUCCCUCGCUGUCACAUGGGUAAGAUCAACACACAAGCAGAAUGGCAAUUUGGCAUGUUUUUUUACCUACAUGUAUUGGUCGGAAAAUUAAUUAAAGUGAUUAGAGUAUUUAUGUGUGCUGUUAACCCUUAAAGGGAUAGUUCGGGAUGUUGGCAAUGAAGCCGUUAAUCUACUUCCCCAGAUUUAGAUGAACUCGUGGAUACCAUUUUUACAUAUCUACGUCCAGUAUGAAGGGAGGUAGUUUCGCGUGUUAGCGCAAUGACUAGAAGUCUACAGGAACCGAUAGCAUGCUAGCUGUUCCCAUAAACUUCUAGCCAUUGCGCUAACGCUUGUUAGCAAUUGCACUAAUGCUAGUUAGCAACUUUCUUCAAACUGAACGCAGAUACAUAAAAAUGGUAUCCACGAGUUCAUUUGACUCUGGGGAAGUAGAUAAAGGGCAUUGCCAAAAUCUGACCUAUCACUUUAAACUCUUGCUCCAGUGGUGCUGCAGGCCAAAUCAGAUAAACUAACUAACUAACCCUUAGCCUACUAACAGAAAAUACAAACCCAAUAUUUUACAUCCUCAAAAAUUCCCCCCUCACACACACACACACACACACACACACACACACACACACACACACACACACACACACACACACACACACACACACACACACAGACAGACA